AUGAAUGAUAUGCGUCCGACACACAUUGCUCACCUAUCAUCCAGUGUUCUUGAUCUGGUGCUCGCCUCAGGAACCGCAUCUGCUAACACUGCUUCCUAUACAACCGAGGACACCCUUGGAAGUGAUCAUUAUCCGCUAAUGGCAAGCUACAACUCAGGACUCGCAAAGCCUAGUAGACUUAGGAGGUCUGGGACGAGGAUAAAUUCCAAAAGGAUAAACUGGAACGAUUACACGCAUUCGCUGAACGAGACGGUACAGGAGAACACAUCACUGGAAGCUCUGUCGGUACAGAUGGUGCAACUGGCAGCUAUCAUGGAAGGGAAAAAAUGUACACAAAAUAGUAGCAGACCGCCAUGCCCAUGGUGGGACGAAGAUUGCAGUCGUGCAGUUGCCAAGAGGAAGCGAUUACUAAGAAUUUACCACCAAACUAAGAGAUUCGAACAUCUGUUAGCCGCAAAACACCAGAUGGCGGAAACAAAAAGACUUCUGAAGGAAAAGAAGAUGGCCAUCUUCAGGAGCUUCUGUGAAUCUAUUAGUAGGGAGACAUCAGCAGCUAGUAUUUGGAGGAAGAUCAGAAGUUUCAAUCGCAAAGCGCCGAUAGAGAACCCACUGGAGAACGGUGACAAGAAAUGGAGGCAAUAUUUUCUUGUUGCACUCACUCCUCCAAGUGUAGAACCGGAGAUCGUUUUACUACCGGAGAUGACUACACACCACGAUCUCACCAAACCCCUCACGCUCGCUGAAUUUGAACUAGCAAUAAAACACACCAAAGACACAGCGGUUGGUCCGGAUAGGGUUUCAUAUCCUAUGAUGAAAAAUCUGUCGAUCAGGGGGAAGGAAUCGUUGGUUAGGCGAUUCAACGAGGUGCUCGCGUCGGGAGAUAUCCCAGACUCUUGGAAGGAGGCGUACAUAGUUCCGAUUUUACUGACCGAUCACUCUUUUAUCAUGUAUAAGAAAGAGUUUUGA